GUAACAAAAAUAUUGUUGGAGAGAAAACAGCUCCGAACGCCGCCUGGUAGCUGUCUUUCUCUCUCUUUCUUUUCUGCAAACUUCAAAAACCCUUCUUAAUUCUUUUUCCAUCAUCUUCACACACCACUGCCAACAGCAUAAAAGAUACGAAGGAAGAAGAAAACCCCAUCUUUGAAGCAGAGGCAUGGAGAGCACGGGGCGUGUACCACUGUCGGAUGUAGUGGCAGAUUGUGCGAAGCGGUGGUUCAAGGACACUCUCAAGGAGGCUAAGGCAGGUGAUAUAAACAUGCAGGUCUUGGUGGGUCAGAUGUACUAUCAUGGCUAUGGUAUUCCCAAAGAUGGUCAGAAGGGAAGACUUUGGCUGACUAAAGCCUCGAGGGUCAGAUCUUCAGUCUGGAGAGUUGGCCGUAAACCUCCAGGUUAUAAUGCAAGUGAUUCGGAGUCUGACGAUUUGGAAAAUGAUUCUUGAACACGCUAAAUUUGAUUUCAUGUCCAAAAUUCUGAAAGGUGUGUGUGGCAUCAUGCUUCUUCAUAACCACCAUCAUAUAUGUUCUUGUGACCUCCAGAAUUUUAUUUUGCUUUCUGAUCUGUGUAUGAUAUGCUACACCUUUUUUAAUUAAAGGUAAAAGAAAAGCAAACAUUAUUACCCUUUUGAGAAAACUGUUACUUGAUGAUUGAGGGUGUUUUAACUUUCCUUUAUAUGUCACCAUAUCAUGCCAAAUAGAAGAGGAACGUGUAUAUGUUUUUUCAUACAUUUUUAAUCUGGAAUGCAGUUUCUCGCUUCCAAAUGAUGUUAA